AUGACCACGCGCCCCUCCGUGCUCACGCUCCUCCUCCUACUCGCCGUCCAGCUCCCUCCCGCCGCCGCCGCCAAGCACCGCCACGCGUCCGAAUCCGCCCCAGCACCACCCGCCUCCUACCUCCUCGUAUCGUGGGCAAGCAACCUCACGCUCCUGGGCUCCGCCUCCCUCCACCCGGGCGCCACAGCCGUCUCGCUCACCACCCCGUCCCGUGACGGCGUCGGUGCCGGGCGCGCCCUCUUCUCGGAGCCCGUCCGCCUCUUCGUCCCCUCCUCCUCCGCAGCCGCCUCCUUCUCUACCCGCUUCACCUUCCGCAUCACGCCCGCGCCCACCUACGGUGACGGCCUCGCCUUCCUCCUAACCUCUUCCCGGACUUUCCUCGGCGCCUCCAACGGGUUCCUCGGCCUCUUCCCCUCCUCCUCCGCCUCGGACGAGGGCGAGGCCGACCUCCGCGGCGUCAUCACCGUAGCCGUCGAGUUCGACACCCACCGCGACGUGGCGCUGCGUGACCCGGACGGCAACCACGUCGCGCUCGACGCGGGUUCCAUCUUCUCCGUCGCGUCCGCGAGCCCCGGCGUCGACCUCAGGGCAGGCGUACCCAUCACCGCCUGGGUGGAGUACCGCGCCCCACGCCGCCGCCUCAGCGUGUGGCUCUCGUACUCGUCGUUCCGCCGCCCAGAGAAGCCCGCGCUCUCUGCUGAUGCCGACCUCUCCGGACUCCUGCGCACAUACAUGUACGCCGGCUUCUCGGCGUCCAAUGGCAAUGGCGCGGCGCUUCAUGUCAUUGAACGCUGGACUUUCCGCACCUUCGGCUUUGCCAACUCAUCCCGCGCGUCGCCACCAUCUGAGCCCCCAGCACAGCCCAACAAGGCACUGCUGCCGCCCAACAAACCACUGCUGCUUACAGGAAGCCACCAGCACCACCACCUAAUCUACAAGGUGCUCGGUGGAGUCCUUGGAGGCAUGGUCUUGCUUGUAUUUGCCAUCAUCGCCUCUGUUGUCUGGCUUUCCAGGCCAGCUCGUCGCCCAACUGAAGAGCGUACAGUGCCGCCGAGCGAGGACAAGCCUUAUGGGACGAUGUCUAUGGAGGUGGUACGGGCAGCAACAAAGAGCUUCGACAGUGGCAAUGUGAUUGGCAUCGGUGGCUCUGGGAUUCCCUACCUGCUCACAAACGAAAGGGCUUUGACAGUCUCUUCACGCUUCACCUGGCAUAUUGGAAUGAAAAGCGAGUCUUCUGGAGUGGAUGGUCACAGCUCAGUAAGGACUCGCCAUCAGGCAAGAUGCCAGGCUCUGGGUACAGGCAGGCGCAAGGGAUCUUGA